UGGAAGUGUAACUAAUACAGACUGUGCUGAGGAGCUACCAUGCAUUGCUAAUGAGAGACAUGCAGCCAGGAAGUUGUAUGCAACACUCGCAAGGCUCCUGAAGCUGUAUGUAGCUACCAAGCUUGAUGUCUCCUGCUCUUUCCUCUUUUACAUUGCAUUAUUUUAAGUAAUGAGUCCAAUUAUCUAACCUCCAAAGGAUUUAAACACACUGUAGAAAUACACAGUUGUAAGAUGCCCUGUAAUCAAAGCCAUUAAUUUGGAUAAAUUCAAUUUUUCCAACUUAUACUGAAAUGAACAUUGUAGGAAAGCUCAGUUUAAUGAUACCGUGGAGUAUAUUCUUGCUUCAUUCACUGCUGUCCACUUUGCAAGGAUCUUAUUGCAAGCUUCCUCUUUUGAGAACUUUGAGAACUGAGUCUAAUGCAACUCGACAGAAAAGAGAUCUUGUAACAGCCGAGGUUCAAUCUGCCUCCCAGUUGCACCAUCAUGGGACCCUGAUGCGAAGUCCACCAGGAGGUUCAUGUCCUCAGGAGUGCCUUAAUGGAGCAGCCUGCACAGAGGCAGGUGACUGUGACUGUCAGUUAUUUCAGGCUCAAGGAAGCAGGUGCCAAAUUGUACCUAACACUGGCAAGGACCGAGAUGGGAUUUGCAAAUCAUGGGGACAAUAUCAUUUUGAAACAUUUGAUGGCAUCUACUACUACUUCCCAGGGAAUUGCUCCUAUAUAUUUGCAAAAGACUGCAGUACUCUGCAGCCCCAAUACACUGUUUGGGUUCAUAACAGUCCUCACUGUUAUGGUUCAGUAUAUACUUGUCAUAGGUCUAUCAGCUUAUUUUUUUCAAACCAAGAAGAAAUAAUGAUUUCAGGACAUGAAGUAAGAAAAAAUGGAAUCAGAUUAAUAUUGCCUCAGACAGUUGGAAAUGCUUUCAUUGAGAGACUGGCUGACUAUAUUCUCGUGAAGACUACAUUUGGUUUUUCUCUUGCUUGGGAUGGAAACUCUGGUAUUUAUAUUAAGCUGACAGAAGAUCAUAAGGGAAAACCUUGUGGCCUUUGUGGAAAUUUUAAUGGCAAUAAAUAUGAUGACCUGAUACUUCAAAACAGUGAAUAUACAGAAGACAUUGCUGAAUUUGCAAAUAGCUGGGCUGUGCAAGCCUCAGAUGACAUAGCUUGUGUCCCUACUGCCUCAGAUUUUUCCAGUCCUUGCUCAGCCAAUGCAGAAUCCACUGAGGACAUAUUCUUCAAGUGCCAAAUAUUCCUACAGUUUCCUUUUCUCAGCUGUCAUGAAAGUAUAGAUCCGUAUUCUUAUAUUUCAAGUUGUAUGAAUGAUCUUUGCAGAGUGGAUGAUGAUGAAACAUACUGCAGGGCAGUGACAGAGUACGCUAGAGCAUGUUCUCACGCUGGGUCCCCAGUGCGGGACUGGAGGGAUGACUUUCCUGCCUGUACUGAGAAGUGUGAAGACACCUUUGUUCACCGUGACUGUAUCAGUUGUUGUCCACCAACUUGCACAUUUGAAAAGGAUUGUCUUGGCAGCAAUCUGCACUGUUUAGAUGGCUGUUACUGUCCAGAUGGUCUCAUUUUGGAAAAUGGAACUUGUAUCUCUUUGUCGAAUUGUCCUUGUAUUUAUCAUGGAACUGCUUUCCCUGUAGGCUCAAAAAUUGAACAAGAAUGUAGCAACUGUAUUUGUGUUGGUGGCAUUUGGAACUGCACUGAUCAUGAUUGUCCAGCUGAGUGCUCCAUCACAGGCAGCUCUCAUUUCACAACAUUUGAUGGACGCCAUUUUACCUUUCUUGGGAUUUGCCAGUACAUUUUGGUAAAAGGCACUGGAAAAAACAAAUUCACAAUCACUUUACAAAAAGCACCUUGUGGACAGAACUUUGACCACGCCUGCAUUGAGUCUAUAACACUGGUUCUUGAAGACGAUGUGAGGAAACAAGUAACUCUCACAAGAUAUGGUCAAAUCCAAGCUGUCGCUAACCAAGUUUUUAACCUCAAUGGGGCUAUUGAAAUUCAGAAUAUAUCUUCUUUCUUUGUUCAACUGAAAACUAGUUUUGGUUUGAAGAUACUGUUUGCUAAAGAUGGAGAGAGGAUCUAUGUUCAAGUUGAUGUCAGAUGGAAGAGAAGAACAUUAGGACUAUGUGGAACUUACAAUGGAAAUUUAAGAGAUGAUUUUCUAUCUCCAGCAGGGAUGAUAGAAGGGACUCCACAACUUCAUGCCAAUGCAUGGAAGGUUUCCUCAGCUUGCUCCAUACCUAUCAAUAUUCCUGUGGUUGAUCCCUGCAACGUGAAUCAGCAAAAUGCUGGGUAUGCAUCUCACUGUGAUAUCAUCAACCAAGAGGUGUUUGCUCCCUGCCAUGCCUACAUCAGUCCAGGGCUGUACUACCAGCUCUGCCGCUUCGACGCGUGCAAAUGUGGCAGCAGCUGCCUGUGCAAUGCUUUGGCACACUAUGCUUAUGUCUGUGGCAAGCACGGCGCCGUCAUUGACUUCAGAUCUCACGUUUCUUACUGUGCUGUGAUGUGUCACAGUGGUAUGCUUUAUCAUCAGUGCUCUUCUUUUUGUAAACAUUCCUGUGCUUCACUUUCUCUGGCAAAUAUCUGUGCUGAUGACUGUGCAGAAGGAUGUAAUUGUCCUGAUGGGAAGUAUUUUGAAGAGUCAGUCAACUUUUGUGUAUCAAUAUCUGGCUGUCAUUGUCAUUACAAAGGCAAAGCACUGCAGCCUGGAGAAAUCCUUCCUACACCAACAGGCUCCUGUCAAUGUUUGAAUGGAACAGUGAAAUGUAUUGAAGCCACUACAGAAAACAUAGUUCACAUAUGCCCUGAAGGAAAAAUCUACUAUGACUGCCGAUCUCCAGUGCCCGGGUUACCAGCAGCGGGUGUGAAUUGUGGGAUCUCUUGUGCGAACCUUGCCAUGAACUUCUCCUGUGUCCCCUCACCACCCUGUGCAAGUGGCUGCAUUUGCCCCCCUGGGAUGGCUGAGCACAGAGGGAAAUGUUAUAUUCCUGACAGUUGUCCAUGCACCUGGAAAGACAGAGAAUUUCUGUCAGGAGAAGUGAUAGCUACUCCAUGUUACACCUGUGUUUGUCGGAGGGGCGUCUUCAACUGCACCAGUUACCCCUGCCCUGCCGUGUGCACCAUUUAUGGAGACCGACACUAUUACACCUUCGAUGGGCUGGAGUAUGAUUAUGUCAGUGACUGCCAAACUUACCUGCUAAAGAGCACAGAUAACUCAAAUAUAUCUAUAAUUGCUCAGAACAAAAAGUGCUUUGACAAUGAUAUUGUUUGCUCAAAGAAUGUUUUCAUCACUGUUGGAGACACUGAGAUUUACUUUAGCGAACCUUCUGAGAAGCAGAAGACCCUAGGGGCACAAGAAAACAAAUCUAACUAUCAGCUCUGGAAGGCUGGAUAUUAUACUGUGAUACACUUUCCAGAACAGGACAUUACAAUUCUGUGGGAUAAGAAGACAAUGAUGCAUGUAAAAGUUGGACCUCGAUGGAAGGGAAAACUGGCAGGCUUGUGUGGAAAUUUUGACAAAUAUACUUCAAAUGAUCUGACUACAUCAAACAACAUGGAGGUGAGAAAUGCACAAGUGUUUGGAGACAGCUGGGUAUUAGGACAGUGUAAGAGCCCAAAUGAAACACUGAGACCAUGUGAAGUACAUCAGAGCAAGUUCCCUUAUGCAAAAAAGGAAUGCUCAAUUUUAUACAGUGAUCUUUUUGCACCUUGUCGCAAUGUGAUUGAUGUGACUUCUUUUAUCAAAAAUUGUCACACAGAUACAUGCAACUGCAAUCUUGGUGGGGACUGCGAGUGUCUGUGUACCAGUAUUGCAGCUUAUGCCCACAAGUGCUGCCAGCAAGGAGCAGCAAUUCACUGGCGAUCUCCUCUGCUCUGUGCUUAUGACUGUGAAUAUUACAACCAAGGUCUUGGUGAAGGACCCUAUAUUUUGGCAAGUUUUGGAGUGAAUGACACAAUUAUAGGGGCUAAUGUAUCCAGCAGAAGGAUAUUUCCCUUGCCUAGAACUGGAGCACAUGGAAAUGUAAUUUUCAGUUUCAUGAUAACUCCAGGUCUUUUCAAAGAUAAAGAUUUAUCUCUGUCUCUUGUUUCCCUUGAAUCUGCUGAAAGACCAAACUACUUUCUGUAUGUACAUGACAAUGAAACCAUCGGGUUGGAGCAGUGGCAGGCAAAUGCCUCCUUUCAGAGACGAGCCACCUUCUUCCACCACCAGGGUCUCUGGAGUCCAGGGCUCAGUGCCUUCGAGCUGCACAGUAAAAAAGGCUUUUUCAUCAUUCUCACCUCAUCCAGUGUUAAAGUGGAAAAGUAUGAUGGUUCAGAAGAAUUCAAACAUUUCAGUAGCUUUAGUAUUGAAGAACUCAGCGCUUCUGUGCCUUACAGAAGGAUGUGUGAAUGGCGAUAUGAAUCUUGUGCUAAUCCUUGUUUUAAGACAUGUAGUGAUCCUGAAGGAACAGCAUGUAAAUUUCUUCCUCUGGUUGAAGGAUGCAUGCCAUACUGUCCCAAAAACAUGAUCCUUGAUGAAGUCACACUUAGAUGUGUUUAUCCAGAAGACUGCAUACCUGUGACACCUACAGAAUCAGACAUUGGACUGAAGCCUUCACUGUUAAUCUCUCACAUGGGUCCCACCACGGAGAGAUUUCCUCAGACACUCCCUGUAUUUGUUACUUCAAGGAAUAAAUCAACUCUCAUCGGUGUGACAGACAAGAUAACCAUAAAUGCAAACACAGCUUCAAGGGGAAUGAAUAUGUCGGCACAGUCCAUUACAGACUUUUAUUCAUUGGAGGCCUCUAAUGCUGCCACCUAUUCAACAUUUUCAUUACCAACCUUGUUAUCAACAUCAGAAGCAUCUUAUGUGACAUCUCAGACUACAAGUUCUUCAUUGAUUCCCAUAGUCAGUAGUACAUCACCACCCACACAAAAUAUAAGUGCUACCCAAGUAUCAGUUUCGUCUCUAGAUACACAAGGGACUUCAAAAAUUCCAAUGAUAGACCUUGCAACUUCUGUGGAUUUUUCUAAAUUCACUUUAAAAAUAAGUCUCUCUACCAGCUUUUCAGCAGCACUAAAAACAUCCAUUGUAAUGCCCUCUUUACUAACACCUAACACCUCUGAAAUCAGUUUAGAAAGCCAGCCCUCUAUGCCUUCACCUCCUCCUAAGACCACUCAUAUCUCUAAUGUUUCUCUAGGAAAACAGAGUUCUUCGGUAAGUUCUUCAGGAGAAGGAGAAACAGUAUCAGCCAUACCAGCUGAAAUCAUCACUCAAUCCACUACGCCAAUGAUCAGGAACGCAACAGUGAAUGCUACAUCCUCAAAAGCACCUUAUAUUUAUGAAAAAAUGCUACCUAGUUCUUCAGCCAGUUUAUUAGUUACUUCAGGCACCACCACCCUAGCCUCAAGGAUUACUACAAAAACUGCUGAUUCUUUUGUUGUCAAUUUGGAUUUUUAUAUGGCUUCAGCUUCAGUUCCUACCACCAUAGAAACACACAAAUCUUUAUUUUCAACUGCAGUAACUCAAGCUUCACAGAGCACUAGAGAAACUCCAAAGAUUAAUAUAAUGAAAACAACUGGUACUACAAAUCCAUUAUCACAGAUGAAGAGUACCUCAUACAUAGCAUCAGAAGUUAAAUACACAACUUCAUUCGAAAACACUGUGGAUAUUUCAGAAGAUGGUCAGAUGUCACAUGAGAAAAAAAAUGCUACCAAGACAAAGACAACCACAACUGACAAAUCUUCCCCCCCUUAUUUGCCAGUAACUGCACUUCAGAGUCUGCUUUUUUCAAGAAAUACAACCUCAGUCAAAAAUAUCUCUAUUUCUGGAGUCCUGGAUGUAAUGGCAUCAGAUAGGUCCAAAAUCCCAACACAGAAGCCCAUUACGCCUUAUUUUAGUGUAACAGAGGCCACAGAGCUGCAAACCAGAGCUAUAAUAGAUUUGUCACUUUCUAGUGGUGGAACGGCUCUGCCUUCCUCGUCAGAAAUGAUGGCAGUAGCUGACAAGGCUUACUUUGGCACGAUGAUGCACACACUGAUAUCUACAUCUUCUGAGUGUAUGCCAAGAUACCUUGAACCUGUUGACAAAUGUAGCCAGUAUGUAUGUGUUAACACGGCUUGGAUGUUAUACAAUCUUUCAAGGAACUGCCCUAAGGAUGUGCAGAAGCCACAUUGUGGUUUUCGAGGAAUGCCUGUUCAAGUUAACACUGACAGCUGUUGUCCAGAAUGGCAAUGUCCCUGUCAGUGUUCUGUGCUGUCUGAACUGAGUGUUAUUACAUUUGAUGGAAACAACAUAGCCCUCUGUAAUAUGGCUUCCUAUGUUUUAGUCAAGUUACCUGGAGAAAUUAUUGUUGCUCAUAUUGAAAAAUGUCCUGCUAAUCAGAGUGCAAAUUCAAUAAGAAAACUAGUGCCGCCUGCAAACACUUCAGGGCUCUGUUUUAAGAAAUUAAAUGUCACAACACCCACUUGUCAAAUACUUAUCAAUCGUUUAGCAAGAAAAGUAGUUGUGGAUUCGGAAAUUCAACCAUUACCAUUUUCAAGAGGAGGACUGAGUAUUCAGGAUACUGGUGCGAUGUACGUGGUUAAUACCCCAGGUGGGAUCAGCAUCAAGUGGGCUCAUGUUACAGGCAUCAUAGAUAUACAGUAUGGAUUGCACUCUAACACAACGAGGAAGACACAAGGACUUUGUGGGGUGUGUAAUGGAGAUCCUAGUGAUGACCUGAAAAUGCAAAACAUGACCAUAAUUACAAAUAUGGAAGAAAUGGAAAUGUUCAUUAAGAGCUGGGAAAUUGAGAAAUCAAUUGAUGUAACAACCAGGAGGCCAGUAAGAAACUGUACUGAAGAUAACUGCACAUACUGUAUGGAACUGUUAAACAGAAGCAUUUUCAUCCCUUGUCACAAGAAAGUGUCACCACAGGAAUUUUGUGAGAAGAUGUGGAUCAACAGUACUAAUUUUUGGAACUAUGAGUGUGAUGCACUUUCUGCAUAUGUGGCUUUAUGCAACAAGCACAAUAUCUGCAUUAAAUGGAGGACACCUAAUUACUGCUCAUUGAGCUGUCCUGAGGGCAAGGAAUAUCAGCCUUGUGUGCAACCCUGUGAAGCCAAGACAUGCUUGAAUAAAUGGUUCUAUGAAGAUUCUCCCUGUUCCUAUUUAAGGGAAGAUUGUGUGUGUAGAAACGGCACCAUUCUGCAUAGAACAGACUCAGACCUCUGCAUACCAGAAGAAAAAUGUACAUGUACAGAUAAUAAAGGACAACCCCGCUCUGCUGGGGAGGUCUGGAAUGGGUCCAUGAGAGGGUGCUGCAUGUACAGCUGUUUAGAAAAUGGAAGCAUUAUUGCUGUAGAACCUGAGUGCAGUGAGGAUCCACCACCAGUCUGUGAAAGAGAAGGGGAAGUUCUACUCCAUGUCAUUGAAGAGAGAGCUUGCUGUCCCAAGAAGUUCUGUGAAUGUAACAUGUCAUUGUGUGAUGCCAUUAUUCCAACAUGCAAACCCAAUGAAAAAUUAGUGGUAGGCUACCAGCCCCUGUCCUGCUGUCCACAGUACCAAUGCGAAUGUGAUCCUUCAGUUUGUUUUAAUGCCUCCCAGCCUGACUGCAGAGAAGAUCAGUUUAUUGUUGAGGCAAAACAGGAAGAUCCCUGUUGUUUCUCUCAUGUCUGUGUUUGUGAAUCCUGUAUUGAACCUGUUCCCUUGUGUAGCGAAGGGGAAAUUCUCACUGUAGACCUAAAUACCAUACACUACUGCUGUCCCCAUUACUACUGCGUUUGUGAUGAAAAUCUUUGUUCUGAGCCUCCUAUGAUUUGCACAGAUGACAUGACACCUGUGAAGGAAAAAAUACUUGGGCAGUGUUGUCCAGAAUGGCACUGUGAAUGUAGUUGUGAAAAUGCUACCAUGCUGACCUGUAAAUUGGGAGAAGUUAAAAAAAUAGAUAGCAGUGUUUCCAGUGCUUGUGGAUGCACUCACUACAUUUGUGAGAAGGAUGAUGUGUGCAUCUUCCAAGAGGUCACAGUACUGAAUCCUGGACAGUCAGUGAUUCAGUACUUGGAUGGAGACCUUUGUUACACUGUACAGUGUUUACAAGAAAAAGAUCAGAACACAGGCUACAAUGCCAUGCAUUUCACAAUGAUGAACUGCUCCCAGCAAUGUGAAGCUCAUCAAGUAUAUAUUCCUUCCUUCAGUCACCAUACUUGUUGUGGUACGUGUCAAAAUGUGUCCUGCUCUUUUCAUACAGAGAAUGGAACACUGAUUUUGUAUGAGGAAGGAAGCACCUGGACCUCCAAUUGUACCAACUACAAAUGUGUAAAGACUGCUGCAGGGGCUAUUGUACUGGGGUCAAGUGUUGUCUGCCCCCCAUUUAAUGACACUGAGUGUACAAAGAAUGGAGGAAUUGUGCAGACGUAUAAUGAUGGCUGCUGCAAGACCUGCAAAAAGGAAGAAAGGAUUUGCCAGAAAAUGACAAUCAGGACAACCAUAAGAAAAAAUGACUGUAUAAGUCAAAGCCCGGUAAAUGUAGCUUCUUGUGAUGGAAAAUGCCCAUCUGCAACAAUUUUCAAUGUCAAUAUUGAUAGCCAUCUAAGAUUCUGUAAAUGUUGUCGAGAAAUUGGAACACGAGUCAUGACUGUGCCCUUGCGCUGCUCAGGAAACGGCACCGAAAUUAUGUACGUCAUUCAAGAGCCCAUAGACUGCUCAUGCCAGUGGAACUGA